UUUAAGAUGAGUGUUUGACGGGAGUGGUUGGAUUGGGAUUUACGCAUUUUUCGUGUUGGAUUCAAUUAUGUAUUUCUCCACCAAAUCGAACCUUUUUCGGAUAUAUCUCCUUUUCGUGCUGCUGAAUUAUUGCUGGGAAGCGGCGUCUGGGCAGCUCUCGUAUUCCGUCUCAGAGGAGGUAAACCCGGGGACUACUGUUGGAAAUAUCGCUAAGGACCUUAACCUCAAUGUCCACGAGUUAGAGUCUCGCAUGUUUCAGAUUGUUAACGGGUCAAAGAGAAAAUAUUUCGACGUUAAUCUGAAAAGGGGGGUUCUUUAUGUGAAUGAGAGAAUAGACCGGGAAGAGCUCUGUGCGAAGGCUACAAAAUGUACUGUCAGUGUCGAGGCCGUGAUCAAUGACCCACUGAAGCUUUAUCGUUUAGAGAUAACUAUAGUAGAUAUAAAUGACAACGCACCCGUUUUCUCUGAGCAACUGCAGUCACUUGACAUUUCAGAAAGUACUUUACCAGGACUGAAAUUUGGACUGAUAGAGGCAUCAGAUUUGGAUGUAGGUAAGAACGGUGUUACUAUAUACAAGCUUAGUAAUAAUGAUUAUUUUUCUCUGGAAAUUCACAAAGGGGGAGACAGCGUUUCUGCUGAUUUAGUACUGCUGAAGGCUUUAGACCGGGAGCACGACUCUGUUAUAAAACUCACACUAACUGCAGUAGACGGAGGAAAUCCACCGAAGUCAGGAACCUCACAAAUUAUUAUCACAGUUUUGGAUAAUAAUGACAAUCCCCCCGUUUUCAGUAAAUCGUUAUACAAAAUUCAGAUUCCCGAAAACUUGCCAACAGGGUCUAAAGUUAUCACUCUGAAUGCGACGGAUGCAGAUGAUGGUUUAAACAGUGAAGUAGAAUACUCGCUGAGAAGUAAAGGUCAGGAUCAGGUUUUAGAUUUGUUUGAAAUAGACUCUAAGACAGGUGCGAUUUUAGUCAAAGGUCAAAUCAACUACGAAGAAAAUCCUGCGUUUGAGAUUCGAGCACAGGCCAGUGACAGAGGUCAGCCUCCAAUGUCUGCUGAUUGUAAGGUGCUGGUAGAAGUGGUGGACCUCAACGACAACGCUCCCGAGAUCACUGUGACGUCACUCCUGAACUCAGUGAAGGAGGACGCAACAGUAGGUACAGCUAUUGCGCUUGUUUCUGUACUGGACAAAGACAGCGGGAAAAACGGGGCAGUAAAAGCUGUAAUUGUGAAUGAUGUCCCAUUUAUGCUGGACACAAACUAUAAAAAUUAUUACUCUUUAGUAGUCAAUGGUCCAAUUGACAGAGAAACUAAGGCCCAGUACAAUGUUACUAUCGUAGCAACUGAUGAAGGGAGUCCACCUCUAUCCAGCACAAACAUAGUUACUGUUCGUGUUUCUGAUGUCAAUGAUAACCCACCUCGCUUCUCGGAGCCGAUGGUUAAUGUUUAUGUGAAAGAGAAUAGUGCAGUAGGAGCAGUUGUUAAGACAGUGGCUGCCGUUGAUGCUGAUAUCCAUCAAAAUGGCCAGGUGAGCUAUUCAUUUUUACAAAGUAACAGUGACUCAUUGCCAUUAUCUGCAAUGGUGAACAUCAACUCAGAGACCGGAGAUAUAGUCAGUCUACAGUCUUUUAACCACGAGGAGCUAAAAACGUUUCAGUUUAAAGUUCAGGCCACAGACUCUGGUGUUCCUCCGCUCAGCAGCAACGUGACUGUGAACGUUUUCAUCCUGGAUGAGAAUGACAACAGUCCCGCGAUUCUCGCGCCCUAUUCCGAGCACGGAUCCGUUAACAGCGAGAGCAUCCCCUACUCUGCUGAAGCGGGAUACUUUGUGGCAAAGAUCAGGGCCGUAGACGCAGACUCUGGAUACAAUGCGCUGCUCUCCUACCACCUCUCUGAGCCCAAAGGUAACAACCUCUUCCGCAUCGGAACCAGCACCGGGGAAAUCAGGACUAAGAGGAGAAUGAGUGACAACGACCUGAAGACUCACCCCCUGGUGGUCUUGGUUUCUGAUAACGGAGAACCCUCCCUGUCGGCUACCGUGUCUAUCGAGGUGGUGGUGGUCGAAAGCACAGCUGACAUCCAGACUCAGUUCAGACAUGUGCCCAUAAAGGAGGAGAGCUUCUCCGAUUUAAACCUGUACCUGCUGAUCGCCAUCGCGUCGGUGUCACUGAUCUUUCUGCUCAGCCUCAUCAGUUUAAUAGCGGUCAAGUGCCACAGGUCAGACGGCAGCUUCAGCAGGUACGGCGCCCCAAUGAUCACCACCCACCCUGACGGGAGCUGGUCUUACUCUAAAGCUACUCAGCAGUACGACGUCUGUUUCAGCUCAGACACACUCAGGAGUGACGUAGUGAUUUUCCCCGCACCGUUUCCGUCUGUAGACGCGGAGCUGGUCAGUAUUAAUGGAGGAGACACGUUUACCAGGACUCAGACUUUACCUAAUAAAGACAAGGUAAGAACAUGA